AUGCAGGAGGGUCGGCGGAUGGGAGGAGAUGGUCGCAAAACUAUCUAUCUCAUUCUGACCAUAUAUCUAUCCAUCUAUCCAUCAUCUAUCCAUCUAUCCAUCUAUCUAUCUAUCUUAUCUCCAUAUCUAUUCAUCCAUCCAUCUAUCCAUCCAUCUAUCUAUCUAUCAUAUCCAUCUAUCUAUCCAUUCCCAUCUAUCUAUCUAUCUAUCUAUCCAUCUAUCUAUCCUAUCCAUCCAUCUAUCCUAUCUAUCCCCAUUCUGACCAUAUCUCAGUCUGUUCAUAUCUAUCCAUCCAUCUAUCUAUCUAUCUAUCCCAUUCUGACCAUAUCCAUUCAUCCAUCCCAUUCUGACCAUAUAUCUAUCUAUCAUCCAUCUAUCCAUCUAUUCAUCCAUUAUCACAUUCUGACCAUAUCUCAGUCUACCAUAUCUAUUCAUCCACCACAUCCAUCCAUCCAUCCAUCCAUCCAUCCAUCCAUCCCAUUCCGACCAUAUCCAUCUAUCCAUCCAUCCAUCCAUCCCAUCCAUCUAUCCAUCCAUCCAUCCAUCCAUCUAUCUAUCACAUCUAUCUAUCUAUCUCUGUUCACAUCUAUCUAUCUAUCUAUCCAUCAUUCAUCUAUCUAUCUAUCUAUCUAUCUAUCUCAUUCUGACCAUAUCUAUCUAUCCAUCCAUCAAUCUAUCUAUCUCAUUCUGACCAUAUUCAUCUAUCUAUCUAUCUAUCUAUCCAUCUAUCUAUCCAUCUAUCUAUCUAUCUAUCCCAUUCUGACCAUAUUCAUUCAUCUAUCUAUCUAUCUAUCCAUUCAUCUAUCCAUCCAUCCAUCUAUCUAUCUCAUUCUGACCAUAUCUAUGUCUGUUCACAUCUAUCUAUCUAUCUAUCCCUAUCCAUCCAUAUUCAUCUAUCUAUCCAUCCAUUUGACCAUAUCUAUCAUAUCUAUCUAUUCAUUCAUCUAUCUAUCUAUCUAUCUAUCUAUCUCAUUCUGA